AUGGACAUCAAGUAUCCAGAUUCAGUCAAAAAAACAUUAGAAAGGAGGCGCAUCACUGAUACUUUCAAGACCUUUGAAAAAAGCAACAUGAAGGGUUUGGCUACCUCUAGGCUGUGGAUCAGCUGGUCAGAGAGUACGUGGGGGUUUUGCGAGGUUUUUUGUUUAGUUCUAGCCGGGUUGCCCUUCCUCAUCAUUGAAACCAGCACAAUCCAGCCCUACCAGCGGGGCUUCUACUGCGACGAUGACAGCAUCAGGUACCCACAGAAGACGAUGGAGACAAUCAACGACGCAGUGCUGUGUGCUGCGGGCAUCCUCAUCGCCAUCCUCGCUAUUAUAACGGGAGAGCUCUACCGCAUCCACUACCUGAAGGAGAAGUCACGCUCCUUUAUCCAGAACCCCUACGUGGCUGCUCUCUACAAGCAGGUGGGCUGCUUCGUUUUUGGCUGCGCCAUCAGCCAGUCCUUCACAGACAUUGCCAAAGUGUCCGUCGGGCGCUUGCGGCCACAUUUCCUGGAAGUUUGCGAUUUGGAUUUCUCCACCAUCAACUGCGCUAAGGGAGUUUACAUCCAAAACUAUACCUGCAGGGGAAACGACAGCAAGGUCCAGGAAGCCAGGAAAUCCUUCUUCUCCGGGCACGCAUCCUUCUCCCUCUACACCAUGCUGUACUUGGUGUUUUAUCUGCAGGCCAGAUUCACGUGGAAGGGAGCCCGCCUGCUCCGUCCUCUCCUCCAGUUCACCCUCAUCAUGAUGGCGUUUUACACCGGCCUGUCCCGUGUGUCGGACCACAAGCAUCACCCCACCGACGUGCUGGCAGGCUUUGCACAGGGAGCCCUGGUGGCUUACUGCGUGGUGUUUUACGUCUCAGAUCUCUUCAAGCCCAAGAUAAAGACUUGCCUGCCUCCACCGCCCAUCCGGAAGGAGAUCCUUUCACCUGUGGACAUCAUUGAGCGAAAUAACCAUCACAACAUGGUGUAGACCUUUGAGAAAUCAGAUGGGUGUUGUAUUUUUUUUUUUAAUUUUUUUUUUUUUU